AUGUCUACUGGCCGCAUUGCAAUCGGCCUGUGGUCGGGCCCCGAAAGUGAGGUUGCGGUGAUCUACCUCAAUGUUGCCUUCUAUGAUAUAGUCAGGGCUUUUGGUCUUGCCAGUCAUCGUUCUGGGGGAAUCCCCGAUGACCUGGACCCACUGGUCGGACUUAGAGGGCUCACAGUGAUGGUAGCACUGAGAGACGGCGCUACAGUUGUGUUCAGCAAUACUUUCUAUCGUGUGGACGCUGAAGACACUUUCAUACAGCAACCUGAACCCUCGGCUGUUUUUCAUGUGUUAAAACCGCAUCAAUCAGGACAGGCAUUCGAAUUCCUGAUUGAUGGUAGUCUUAGGCUGGCCUGGCGUACAAGGGCCUUCAAGAGGUUCUGGCAUGCUGUCACGGUUGACGUGGUGGUAUUCACUGAGGACCACGAAGUUCUAUGGAGUGUGAGCGAAGUGGCUCCACUCAGAGCGACGUCCUCACGGGUUGAUCAUUCUGCUACUAUUGAUUUUGACGUCACCGAAGACUGGAGGCAACACUACGUCUCUUUGGCUCAGCAGAAAGUGGCGGCCCUUGAGGCACAUGCCCUGGAGUCGAUCGAUGAGAAGUGA